AUGCCAUCUGCAACAGGAAAUAAACGUGUCAGGGGCGUCUCCGUCUUCCGACCAUUCAUAUUUGGGAGUGUCGCACACCCAUUCGACCCCGAACAAAAACCCGAAGACUGCCCACCCGACCACACCCACAGAUGGCAGAUCUUUGUCCGCGGAAUCAACGGCGAAGACAUCUCCUACUGGCUCAAGAAAGUGCAAUUCAAGCUCCACGAGACAUAUGCGCAGAACGUGCGCACAAUCGAGCAGCCACCCUUCGAAGUUUCCGAAACAGGCUGGGGUGAAUUCGAGAUCCAAAUCAAGCUUUACUUUGUCCCAGAAUCGAACGAGAAGCCCCAGACCCUAUGGCACAGUCUGAAGCUUCACCCGUACGGGCCGGACGCGGAGGGAAUGAAAGAGCGUCGGGAAACAGUAAUCAGCCAAAACUACGAAGAGAUAAUUUUCAACGAGCCCGUCGAGCCCUUCUACGAAAUCCUGACUGGUGGUUCGCCAGGUGCACCGGCUGGCAAGAGCAAAGGGAAAAAUACUAGGCAGCCAGCUCAGAGCAGGACAGCCAAUAUUCCAAGUGGGGAUUCUCCUGGUAAUCCGUACAGUCGGGUUACGGAGAACAAGGAGCUUGAUCGGCUGGCUGAGGCCACGCAGACGGUUGAGCAAAUGAUCAGGGAAGAGAAGGAGCGCUUGAUUGAAAAGGAAAAGCUAUUGGCUGAGCUUAGGGAGAGCGAGGGUGUUCCUGCCAACACGAAAAAGCGGUGA